UGUUAUGUCGCGCUCCGAUAAACGCUGAAUUCCUCAAAACCAGAAGAGGAAUUCCUUUCAACUAUAUAAUAUUUGCACUCGAUUUGUUCUCAAUACAAUCAAUUGAUGUGACACGGUUGAAAGUGAAAUUGUGCCUUUCUGGCAAGAUUUAUGUUGCCAUUUCGUGAAGUUAUUGAUCUUGAGUUUGAGGAAUCAUGUGAAUGGUGGUUUUUGUUGUAUUAGUAUUUACAUAGUUGAACGAAGUGAAUCAAAAAUAAUACGCAAAUAGUUGCGAAUCGAUAGUGAUGCACAUUUGUGAUUGAAUCAAUUGUAUGUGAUAACCAAAGUGAUGAUAAGUUUAUUUAAAAUGCAAACGUUUACUUUACGAAAAUGUAUCGCACUGUAUGUGUUUUUGGUAUUGACACCUCUAGGAGUAUUAACAGAUCAAAUCGGAUGCAAAAGUAUAGCAUGUCCGGCUCCAGAGCCAUGUCCUUCCGAUAGCUAUCUAAAGCUGAUCACCAAGCAUCCUUCAGUAUCCACGAACUAUCGCAGUACAAGCGAAGAUAUUUUAAGACGAGAGAACAUAAUUCCCCAGGCCAAGCGGCAGCGCGAGGACUUCGUGUAUCAUUUACGCAAACGCAGCACCCCGGACGAUGACAUGCUGAUCCAGUACUGUUGUCCUCGUUACGAGUGUGCCUGCAAGCCGAACGUUUGUGACCAUGAAUGUACUUCAAAUAGAUUUUCAAUCAACGCAACGCAUCCCACCGAGUACAAGAAUGAUGUAGAGUAUGGCGUUCCUGGGAACUGUUGCAGCAAAUGUAAAAGAAACUACUGCAUGCAUCAAACUUUUCGCAAACAUGGCGAAAAAUGGCAUAACGACGAUUGCACAACUUGUGAAUGUUAUUUCGGUGAAGUAAAAUGUCAGCAGUCAUACUGCAAACCACCUGAUUGUUUGAGCUAUAAAAAAGUUCCAGGAGAAUGUUGUCCGGUGUGUGACAAUGAAAGUUAUAAUUUUUGUAAAGACAUUGAGAGCUGCAAUAUCCAUUGUAAAUAUGGCUAUCGUAAAAGGGAUAACUGUAAUCUCUGUCAAUGUAAUCGAAGUCAGUGGAGUGAGCCGACAAUUGAAACGAACGAUAGCGAAACUAACAACAGUCGAGCGAACAAUUCAAAGUUUGACAAAUGCGAAAGUUACUGUUAUGGUGCCCAAUUUAUAAUUAUCUGCAUUCUGGGCUCAAUCAUCUGUAUCAUUUUUAUUGUUGUUAUCAUGUUGUGGUGCCAUUCUAAAAACUCGGCUAAAUAUACCACUGUACAAACAGCUUAAAUACUACUUCAGCCUUAUUUGAAUCGCAUUAUAUAAUUUAUUCAAUAUAUAGUGAUAAUCGAUCAUGAUUCGAAGAUACAACAUGAAUUAGUUGGAAUAGCAAAAGAGUCUUCCGUAAUAGAAUGAGGAAAAAUUAACUAAAGAAAAAAAAACAUAUUACUUUCUAUCUUCCAAUUUAUUCAGUUUGUUUAUACGAACUUUUUAUAAAAGGUUACCUAAAUUCUGAACAAUUGUUAGAAUAUGUCUUUAAAAUAUUGUGAUAAAUUAUGUAUUAAAAUUCUAGUUAGUUAUGUGUUAGUUGUUUAAGAAUUAUCAUAUUUAUUUGGUAAGAAUGGAAUGAGCUAAUGACACUGAUUCUUACUCAACAUUGGUAUUCUUGAUUUAUCAAAAUUGCUUGAUAAAUGAUGGUUAAAUUGCAUUACUACAAUGCAUGUUAUCAUAUGAACAAAGUACAUAGAACUGAGGAAUUUAAAUAGAUUUGUACAAAUUACCGCCGAUAGUUGUAAUACAUAAUCAUAUUAAUUAUUAUGUUUCACUAUAUAUUUAUUUGAAUUUUGUUGAAUAGGCUUUAACUUAUAAGAAGAUAAAUAAAAAAUAGUCAACAAAUUGAAAACUGUUAUAAAUUUCUGCAUUUAGUGAUAAAUGUGCUUCUGCUAAGAUUGUCGAACAAAACCUUUGGUAAGCUGCAAAGACUUGUUGAUGUUAAGAGUAUCGAUAAAAUAAAGACAAUUCAUUCAUUCUAUUAACAAAGCAAAAAUCUAUCAAACAUUAAUCGUCUCUUUACAGAAUCAAAAUUAAUCGAUAUGAAGCUGUGAAGUUUAAUGCAUAUCGUCAUGCGCUUCUGUCCAGCAUAAUUUUAUAUGCGUCAUCAUUGUUGGCAUAAUUCACAUUCAUACUUAUCAUAUAAUGGCUCAAAACAAGAAUGUUGAAAAAAAAGCAAAAGAACUUUUAAUACUAAAGGUAUUACUACUGACUAUAUCGAAAAAUGAAAAAAAUAUCAAUUGUGUGAAAAGAAAACACAUAAAAAUUCCUUGAAGUAUAUGUAUAUGAAAUAGAUGAAUUCACUUUUACAACUAAUUAUUAAAGUCUUAUCUCAUAAAAUCAUACCUGAUCAUUUUGAAUACAGUAUAAUGUCCAUAAUCUUAAGUUUAACUUCAUCAUUCUGGAAAGUGACUUCCACGUGAAAAUUGACUGCUGUUUUCCUCUUCCAUGUAUGUAUAUUUGCUGGUUUUCACGAGCUCAUAAACCGUACGCCUGACGAAUUUUUCAUGUUUAAUAUUAUGGGAGGCAAUAAAAGGCAAUGAAAAUUAAAUAUUAUUCCAUA